UUCAAUUCGUCCAGAGGUGACAACAAACGUUAUCAGCAUUGGAGAAAAUGGGCACAGCAUUGGCAUCUAAAUCAUUUUGAUAAGAUAAACACUUACAUCAAACCAUCAAAACGCGUUUGCUAUUGGCUCAUAUUAUUUAGUCAUCAAAACUGAAGUUUUAAAAUGCCGAGCAACAAGAUGGACAAAUCGGACAAGCCGGAGAUCAUGGACAACGUCAAAGUGGUUGUGCGAUGUCGCCCGCUGAACCAGAAGGAGAGGAGUAUGGGCCACAAGCAGGCCGUCAGUGUGGAUGAGAACCGAGGRACCAUAACCGUCAACAAAUUAGAGACUACCCACGAACCCCCCAAGACCUUCACGUUUGACACCGUGUUCGGACCAGACAGCAAACAGCUGGACGUUUACAAUCUGACAGCCCGCCCCAUCAUAGACUCAGUAUUAGAGGGUUACAAUGGGACCAUCUUUGCGUACGGACAGACAGGGACAGGAAAGACGUUCACCAUGGAGGGAGUGAGGGCAGUGCCAGAGCUCAGAGGAAUAAUCCCCAACUCCUUUGCUCAUGUGUUCGGCCACAUCGCCAAAGCAGAGGGCGACACCCGGUUCUUAGUUCGCGUGUCUUAUCUGGAGAUUUACAAUGAAGAAGUGAGGGACCUGCUGGGGAAGGACCAGAUGCAGAGGCUGGAGGUGAAGGAGAGGCCAGAUGUGGGCGUUUACAUCAAGGACCUGUCUGGUUAUGUGGUGAACAACGCUGAUGACAUGGACAGGAUUAUGACAAUGGGGCACAAGAACCGCUCGGUUGGCUCCACCAACAUGAAUGAACACAGCUCUCGCUCUCAUGCCAUCUUCACCAUCACCAUCGAGUGCAGUGAGAAGGGUGUGGAUGGAGACCAGCACGUACGCAUGGGAAAACUCCACUUAGUGGAUCUGGCGGGUUCUGAGCGUCAGGGGAAGACGGGAGCGACGGGCCAGCGACUGAAAGAAGCCACUAAGAUCAACCUAUCUCUGUCCACGCUGGGUAACGUCAUCUCAGCCCUGGUGGACGGGAAGAGCACCCACGUCCCCUACAGAAACUCUAAACUCACCCGCCUGCUGCAGGACUCACUGGGGGGAAACUCCAAGACCAUGAUGUGUGCGAACAUCGGCCCAGCGGACUAUAACUACGACGAGACCAUCAGCACGCUGCGUUACGCCAACCGGGCCAGAACAUCAAAGAACAAAGCCCGGAUCAAUGAAGACCCCAAGGAUGCCCUGCUACGGCAGUUCCAGAAGGAGAUCGAAGAGCUUAGGAAGAAACUCCAAGAAGGGGAAGAGAUCUCCGGGUCGGAGGGCAGUGGAUCAGAAGAGAUGGAUGAAGGAGAUGACGAGGGAAGAGAAGGAGGAGAGGGACGAAGGAAGCGGAGAGACAGAGGGAAGAAGAAAGGUUUCUCCUGACAAGAUGGUGGAGAUGCAGGCGAAGAUCGAGGAGGAGAGGAAGGAGCUAGAAGCCAAGCUGGACAUGGAGGAGGGGAGGAAGGAACAAGGCCAGGGCAGAACUGG